AGAGCAGGAAGUUCCAACAAGCAACAAGCAAGCUAAAAUAAUAACUCACGUGUUGUCAAAAUGAAAAACAUGAAGAACUGGAACAAAAAGCUAUUAAAAAAAGAUAAGAAUGAGAAAUUUAAACCUGGAUCUAAAAUAAGAGAGAAGUGUGUGGUCAUGUUCAACGAUAACGAGCGACAGGAAUACCUGACAGGAUUCCACAAGAGAAAGGUGGAGAGGAGAAAAGCAGCAGUGGUGGAAAUCCAGACCAAAAUAAAGGAGGAGCAGAAGAGAGUCAGAGAGGAGAGACACAAGGAGUAUUUGAAGUUACUGCAGGAAAGAAAAGAUGCUCUCGACGAGGACCAAGAAGAUGAACUGGAGGAUGUGAUAACGGGCACAACUGAGUCUGUGCAGUAUGACCACCCCAACCACACAGUUACUGUAACAACUAUCAGUGACCUUGACCUCUCAGGGGCCAGCCUCUUUGCGCCAGCAACCAAUCAGGUUACCGGGGAGGAAGAGGAGGAACUGGAGAAAGUUUCUGCUAUGCCGAAGAAAUCUGGUGAUCCCAUCCUCAAUAAAAAAAUCUGCUCCCUGAAUGCUUCACUCCACGCCCACCAGAAGCAGCGGAAGGGAAGCAGGAAAGCGAAGCAGGAAGCAAAAGGAAAAGGCCGGUCAACAGACAAGAAGCCAGGUGCCAUAGACAAGAAGAACAGAGUUGACAAGAACAGAAUGGGGAGGACAAGCAAGAAGCAAAGACGCAGACUGACUGGAAAGAGGAUACAUCACAAGGACUGAGAGCUAUAAAUAUAUAUAUUUGCUGUGGGCGGUUUUGGUCUUCUUGUUUGAUCAGGAUCCAAAACAGCCAUGAUGGACAUUUU